AUGUGUGGCUCUAAGAAUCUACGGCAUCGAGCUCCCAAUGCAACCUCUGCAAUCAGCAACGACGGCGAGGCAACAAGCAAUUCCAGGGCAAGGAAAGAGGCAAGCAGUAUAAAGAAUAAAUCGCCGCAGCAGCUGACAAUGUUCGGAAGGCCAGCAGAGAAAUCAUCGCUGUCGUCGAAACCUAAGAAAUCAACUCGAACUGAGACUAAAGCGAAGGCUUCUUCCACAUCGACAAGAAUACAAUCAAGCCAAGCAAGGGCACCUAUUUCGAGGAAGCCACUUAUUAAGGGAAGUGCUUCGACUGCGACAGAAUCCAAGAGCAAAGUAACGAAAAGGCAUCCGGGACAAGAAGAACAGCAUUGUUUUUCAUUCCAUGUUCGAACCAAGCCUCCUUCAUCGAAAGAAUUAUCAAAUACGCUGAAGCGGGUCUUUCAAUUGGAUAAGUUGAGAACCUUGCAAGAAGAAGUCAUUUCUACAGCAUUGCAACCAAACACGGAAAGCUUCUCACCCUCCAAUCCUACGUCUCAGUUGGUUGUUCUAGCGACUGGCGGUGGAAAGUCGCUAUGUUAUCAGCUACCUGCCUGCGUUCUCGGCGGAGUGACCAUUGUCAUUUCUCCCUUGAUUGCGCUGAUGAAGGAUCAAGUAUUGGGCUUGGAGAAGAAAAAGAUCUCUGCGGCAUGUCUUUGCAGUGCCAAUACUGAAAAACAAAACAGUGCGAUUCUCGAUCGACUCUUUCCCACGGUGCCAAAAAAGGAUCCCAGCACGGCCCAAGCCACCAAAUUCUUUGGCGUCAAAGACAAGGCUGCCCCAAAGUCCUUGACUUUACUAUAUAUCACUCCGGAAUCGAUACAGACCGAUCGUAUGCAGAGAGUCCUGCACAGAUUGAAUAAUGAGAAGCGCCUGGCGAUGUUUGCAGUCGACGAGGCCCAUUGUCUUUCGAGUUGGGGCCAUGACUUUCGACCCGCCUAUCGCAAGCUAUCGUGGUUGCGAACCCAAUUUACAGACGUUCCAUGCAUGGCUUGCACUGCCACGGCAACUCCAAAGGUGAUUCAAGAUAUUCAGUCUUGUCUUCAAUUGUCAGUGAUACAUAAGGGUCGACUUGAUCGUCAUAAUAUCUACUACAAGAUCAAGUACAAGAAUACCAUCCGAAGCAGCAGUGCCAAGAGGUCCUCUGGUCAUGUUCUUGGCUGUGGGUCCGAAUUCCAAACUGCUAGUAAAAUCAAGGAUGGUAAAAGCGCAAGCACAAAGCCCAAAACACCUCUCGAAGACCUGCAAGCCACAGUAUUCAAUCUUUUCAAGGAACAUUCGACUGGAGAACUUGGAUGUUGUGGGAUUGUGUACGUGCACAAAAGGGACGACGCAAAAGGUCUGGCCCAUGCACUCGGCCAAGCACUUGGAGAUAAGGAAAAGGUUGGGGCCUAUCACGCUGGUUUGCCCAAGAAGGAGCGCGCUCGGGUUCAAGAGGGAUUUUCCAACAGGACUAUUCCCAUAGUCGUGGCAACCAUUGCAUUUGGUAUGGGGAUUGAUGUUUCCAAUGUUCGAUUUGUGAUUCACUGGAACAUGCCUAAAUCAUUGGAAGCGUUUACACAAGAAUCUGGCCGUGCUGGCAGAGAUGGACUGCCGUCACACUCUAUUUUGUAUUACGAUGCCGAUGACUAUUCCAAGUAUGAGUACUUUAUCAAACAGCAGUAUCAACGAGACGGCGAAAAGACGAAGCAGAAUAUGGAGAGUACAAAGCGGCUAUUUCUCGCCAAGUUAAAGGCAUUGAAGGAUAUGAAAGAUUACUGUGUCCUUGCGAAAUGCCGACGCCACACUCUGGUUGCUCAUUUUGGCGGCGAUGUUGUCAAGUGCGGGAAGACAUGUGAUUACUGUUCCAACCCAGAGCGAGUGUCUCGUGACAUUCAAUCCAGUCUUGUAGCGGGAUCUGACUCUGACAGCGAGUCAUCCGUUGGAUACGGUAAGGGCAAGUGGGAUGGCCAAUGGGGUCGGCCACACGGCGACAUGGAUGACGAUGAUGCCAUUGCGAAGGAUUGGGGAGAUGAUUUUGUUGGUGACUUGUUGAUGGUGACCAACUCCUCGUCCAAAUUUGGUGGCGGCGGCGGUGGUCGUCGUCUGGGGGGCUUCACUACUGCUUCGUCUCUGCUGAAGAAAGGAAAUGGAAAGUCGUCUAUUCGAUCUGUCCUGAACAAAUACGAGCGAAUGGAAGACAACCAAAAUACACAGUCGACUGAUGCAUUUGAGCGCCCCACGAAAUCCACCACGGCCAUCAUUCCAGAACACUUCAAAACUGCCUUGGCAGUCCAACAGGAAGUAAAAAUUGUCAAGACGGUGCCUGCAAAACCAGCCAAGACCUCUGCCGACUUGCAAAAGGAGCUCGAUCAGUUGAAUGCGGAACGACAGGCAAGGUUACAAGCUCUGCUCGAAGCGCAACGAAAACGAAAACAAGAUGCUAGUGGUCAAACGGCUAGUACGACGACGACUGCAGCUGCACCGCAACCAUUGACGUUUGGGACUUCCAAACGUAGACGAAUGUAG